CCAAUGUUUCAGCGCGUGGUUGUUGUUAGUGUGUUGUGAUCGUUGUACUGCGCCGCAAGAUGGUCGCGAUUGGUGUUGCCUGGCGGUUUAUAGGUGGAGGUUGGUCCGGCAGCAAGCCGUGCCAGGUGCUUUUUGUUUAACCUGCCAUCUUGUUUUCGUUCUUUCUCGUCAGACUCUUAUCUUAUUUCCGCUCUUCUCGUCAAACACGCAAAUUUGGCCAUGGCAGACACGGAUCUCAUUGCUCGUGUGUACCCCUAUGCAGAGAAGCGCCGUACAGAAGUGCCGGAAGCCACCCUGGAGGCAUUCAAGACCAGCCCGGGCUGUUUUGAUCCACUGGGUCAGCUUUCCGAGCGGCGGUCCGCAUCUCGUCGUGAGCGAGAGUCAACAGAGCCACUCGACACCCAAAACGGUCCGGUGCUCGACACCCUUCCAUACGUCGAGCUGAGGCUCAGCGAUACUCCACGGUUUCGCUCUGGGUUCCUUUUCGGCUGGGGCCAAAAUAACGACGUCGUUCUGCCCCAAAUCCGGGGCGUCGGGCGGCACCACUUUACCCUGACUUUCGACGGUGAGAAACGACCCAUCGUGAAAGAUUGGGGUUCUCUCAACGGUACCCAAGUCACCUACGGCAGUCAAGGACACGGGGCGCGAUCCGGGUUCCAAUGGAUCGUCGGCGGGCACAAGAUUCCUUUCAAGAAGCAGCCCAUCGUUGUCACCGCACUUGCCCGUGCCCUAGUCCGGCUGCAGAUCGUCGUCGUCCCCCACAACGUAGCGUCGCUGGCUUACAUCGACAAAGUCGACCGGCUCCUUCAGAGCACCGCAGCAGCCACUGAAGAUCUGCUCAGUGGCCUCAACAUUGCGAACCGCUCAGAUACUCAGCGGCCUACAGGAGCCCCCAAAUUGGAGACAGGGCCAAUCCAUAUCCGUAAGCGGCUCGGGGAGGGGUCGUUCGCGAGUGUAGCCCACUAUUGGGACGUCAGCACCGGAGAGGAGUAUGCCCUCAAGAAGCCUUCUGCAGAAGCCGUUCGCGCGCGCCGAGUCCGUAUUAACGCUUGGAGGAAUGAGGCGCACAUUAUGAACCUCAUUCGGCAUCCUCACGUCGUGAAGCUUCUCAAGUCCGACUUUACGCAGGGCCCACGACUAUACCUGGAAUACGUUCCCCGCGGAUCUUUGGCCAAUCAAUGCGACAUCUCAGCUGCCGAAUGUGUAUCAAUUCUUCAGCAGUGUCUAUCGGCUCUGGAGUACCUGCACGGGAGCGACCCGCCGAUUGUGCAUCGGGAUAUCAAAGCAGACAACAUCCUGGUCCAAUACCGGGACACAAACAGCAUCUACGUCAAGUUCGCUGAUUUCGGGCUGGCGAAGGACUAUGACAACAUGUCCACCAUCUGCGGCAACUUCGGGAACCUUGCACCUGAGGUGUACCAGAACCACCAAUAUAUCGAGGCUGGUGGCAAGGGCAGAGUCAGCUAUACCGAGGCCGUCGACGUUUGGUCCCUUGGUGUCAUGGUGUACAAAUUUCUCUGCCCUCUUCCACAGUUCGAAAACCAAUACAUAUCAAGGGGGACGGCAUGGGCCAAGAAGCUCAUCAAGAUGUUCAAGAAGGACUUCGAGGAACGGCCUGAUGAGCUGAGAAGAUUUCUUCUGGAAGCAAUGGUGGUCUUACGGCCGGAGCAGCGGUGGUCGGCCGGAGACUGCCUCGCAAGAGCAAUGCUUCUACCUGUUCCAGCCAUGGACCAGUCCGAGACCGCAGUGGCGGUUUCGUACGUCAGCGAUGAUGAGCGGUCGACAAUUCGCUACAAAGCAGAGCCAAACAUGGCCCAGGGCCUCGAGAUACCUAUGUGGCAGCCUGGCUCGUCCGAGAACUCGACCCUGUCGACCGAUGCUGGCAGGUACGACAGAUCAGGCGCACCCACCCCUCGGGCUUCAGUUCCAGCAUCAGCGUCUAGCCGGAAGAGAGCAACGGUGUCAAGGCCUUCAUCGUCCGGAAGACACAGGAAGCGCCGGGAGCACGGCAGCAGUAGCAGCAAGGCCGACGCUGGCUCCCGCCAGCAGCGAGACCGCGUCCUUAACAAUCGCACACAGGAUUCGCUGCCUCCCGUUGCAUUCGAGGACAACGACGAAGAUGAGGACGAUUGGGACCGGGAAGAAGAUGACAAUGCCCGUGUCGAAUUGCCUCAUGCAGUCGACCAUCUUUCAACCUCGCAUGUCGGCCAGGAGGUUGAAAGUCACAUGCAGACUUUCCUCCAACAUCAGGUCGGCAACGGAGGGGCCGAUCAAGAAGCAGUCGAUGCAGCGGUAAUGUUUCAGAGAUUAAACCAACAUGGAAUUAUGACUCCUUUCGAGUCAAUGGCCAGAACUAGUGGGGAGGCGGCUGCGUCAACCAUUGCCAGCAGCUACGGUGAGCGAGAUGCGCAGGGUGACGGACUAAGCCACUUCCCCGGCAACUACAUACUUGCGCCACCUAGGCAAGAUGGUGGUGGGGGACAAAACAACAGCGCCGGCGUCGACCGUCCCUGCGGUGAUGACCCUACCGGACCCGCAAGCCAAGUCGAUUCCCAGCCUAGUGGGCUUUUCAGCUCUGGAGAUCCACUCAACCCUCUGCUCGUUGGCUCUUCUGUUGCCGCAUGGGGUGGAGCUGGAGAAGAAUCGACUGCCGGAACUGCUCCCUCGCAUGCCUCCGUGGUGGAGGAGGAUGAUGAUCUUCCGCCGCCAUGGAGCCCAGCCCACCCCUUGUCGUUGUAUGCGGCUGAUACACAGUACCUACGGUCCCCUCGCCACAGCCAGCGCCUUGAGCUCCAGCUGGCAACACAUUCUUCAGUCGUCGUGGCCCAUCCACACUUCCCCCCCUCCUUGGCUGAGGGGGAGGUGGAGGAAAACGGCGACCGGCUAACAGGACACUUCACAGAGCCAGCUCCUUACGUCGGACAUCCCUAUUCCGCAUAUGGGCUGGGCGACAACGACCAGCUGCUGGAUGAUGACUGGGACGAGGGCACCGCCGAAGGGCACGAAGAGGCAGAUGGUGGCGUCGACGAUUACACACCACCUGAACCCCCCAGUGCGGGCGCCGCAGCAAGCCCUGGGCCCCAACUUCCUAAAGGAUACCGGGCGUUCCAUGUCGAGGGCAGCUCGCAUGCCGUAGUAUACAGACCGGUGGAGCGAAAAGUCAACGCUUUGCAACUCGUCGGCAUACGCAAAAUCUCACGGAAUUCGCUCAAAAUGUGCUUUGCCCGGCAUCCCGAGAUACGGACCGAAAGGCACCGCCGACCACAAGUCGCGGGGCUCUCGGGGCCCUACGUGGACUUUGACGAUGCCCGGAUCAUCUGCAAGAGCUUCCAUAUGCCCACGGCGGUGAUCGAUGAGUUAGAGACAGCGGCUGCUGCUACUGUUGCCGUUACUGGUGGCGAUGGCGGAUACGCUCUGCAAACCGAGGGAGAGGCGGAAGCCGGCCCGGCUCAAGCUGUCCAACGCAGGAAACGAACCUCAUAUAGCGCUGCCCAUAAAGCCAUUCUUGAAGCCGCGUUCCGCAACAAUCCGAAGCCCGAAACCCGGAAAUACUGCGAGCUUGCGACGCAGCUUUCAACGGAGAUGCGGCAGGUCCAGGUCUGGUUCCAAAACCGUCGACAGAGGGAACGACGUGAAACAAAAAGGGAUGUGGGGCUUCUUCAGUGUUAAAUAUGAGAGAAGCAUGCACUGGAUGGAGAAGACGGUGGGCGGCAGGAGCGACAACUGGCGGACAAUACACAUGAGUUCCCAACAUACAAGGGCACACCGAGGGCACAAUAAAUAGGGAAGAAGAGGGCUGGUAGCAGUGACGGUUUAGGGUUGAGAGCGGGAAACGGCAAUAGGAAACCUACGAACUACCGGCAGGUGGCUUUAGGCAGUCCCCUAAACCCUUUUGACAGCUUCCUAGGAGCCUACCUAGACACGCUCUAGCCACUCGCCACAUCCCCUGUUGCUUGUUAUUAUAUUACUGCUACAUACUUCCAGGAAUUCGACGCGCCAUCCCCUAGACAACUCCCCAGAGUCUUGGUGGCGAAGUUGAGAUUUCC